AUGGCCAGUGCUCUGCUGUAUGUACAGCAGGAUGAGGCCGCUGCCUAUGUUUGCUUCUGCGCACUCAUGUCACGACUUGGCGCCAGCUUUGUCGACCACGACCAACUCCGCCUAAUCAGUCAAAUGCAACACUUACAUGACCUAGUUGUCUACAUGGAUCCGGGUCUGGCCAGCCAUCUUCGCCGGAAUAACCUGGCCAAUAUGUAUUUUGCCCAGCGCUGGCUUUUACUCGAGAUGAAGCGUGAGUUCCCACUUGACGAAGCUUUGCGUGUUCUUGAAGUACAAUGGGCAGCUCUACCAAACUCGGCACUCCGAGGGACUACAAUUGACCGUCCGUCGACAACUGCUGUUAGUAGUGGACAACUUCAUCUUCCUAUCAGCAACGGAAAUACUGACAAGAGUAGUGGUGAUGGUUGCACUUCUGACCCCUACGUGGGUCAAACUAAUGGUCAUUCCAUUGUUGCCAUUAUGGCAAAUUGUGGAGAGGGGAUUGUUGGAUGUGGCAAUUCUAUAUCCAGCGGCUCCGGAGGUCACUUGUGUCUUGCUGAGCCUUCUGCGGUCAACCUUUUCACUGUGCCAUUGAAAGAAUCAUCUGGAUAUGAGCCAAGGGUGCCGAAGCCCCCCUCUCGGGUACCUUGCUAUGCAGUCAGAGACGUGGGUCUUAUCGAAUCUUUAAUAGGCGAAGACGCGGCUAAACGAAGUCAAAUGUCGAGGCCAUCUGCAAUUGAAAUCAAUAAAACUAUGCUCCAACAAAUGCCAGUAGGAUUUCAUAUGUAA